AUGGAGAGCCUGCAAGACACUCUGCGGGUAGCCAACAACAGUGCCCAUACUGUUGCUGGCGAUGCUCCCACAUCCCAACAGCCACUGGCGCCCCCAGAAGAGCUAAGAGCCUCGGUCUCGGACACUGUACUCGACAAAGGCUAUCCAGCAGAAUCCACCGGUGAUCUGCCGAACGUCUAUCCAGCCUCGUCGAGAAUACACCACGAACUCGAAGACGAUGCCGCAUCCGAACCUUCCUUCCCACAAUUAUCUUACAACCCAGCGCUAUCUGCAGAGGAAAGGCUGGCGGAUGUUGUUGGUGGUGGUGUUGACGAAGAACCAACGGCUCCCUCGUUCAAUAGGUCGGGGUCGCCGGUGACUAGUACGCAAAAGAGCAAGGGAUCAUUCUAUGAGAAAGUUGGCGAGGAGGGUAUCGUGCGCAUGCACAAAUUCACGCUCUACGAAACAGCCACACGAUACUACUUGGUUGGAAUUGACCAGCUCGAUACUCGUUAUAGAGUCCUGAAGAUUGACCGGACUUCUGACUCAGAUGAUCUGAAUCUCGUGGAAGAUGACAUCGUCUACAGCAAGCAUGAGAUGAACCAACUACUUGAGACGAUCGAGGAUGGCAACAAAAGCUCCGGCGGUCUGAAACUCAGAUGUAGCGCAUGGGCACUACUUGGUUUCAUACGGUUUACUUCAGCUUACUACAUGUUACUGGUUACCAAGAGAAGCUCUGUGGCCAAUAUCGGCGGUCAUUUUAUCUAUCAAAUCGACGGCACGGAGCUAAUCCCGCUGAUAACAACCGCUUCGUCCCGUGUGAAGCUCGAAAGAAAUCCCGAGGAAGCUCGCUACAUAGGGAUAUUGAAUAAUCUCGACCUAUCUCGAUCGUUCUACUUUAGUAACUCAUACGAUAUCACACGCACCCUGCAGCGAAACAUCUCGCGAGAACGUCAAUCUCUUCAGGAAGAUCCUGAGAAACCACCCGUAUAUGAUCAUAAUUCGAUGUUUGUAUGGAACCAUCACUUACUCAGCCCCGCUGUCGCCAAUCUCAAAUCAGCCUAUGAUUGGUGUCUCCCUAUCAUACAUGGAUACGUCGAUCAGUCGGUUCUCUCGGUUUAUGGACGAUCAGUAUAUAUCACUAUCAUCGCACGCCGAUCCAGAUUUUUUGCUGGUGCGCGAUUUCUGAAACGCGGAGCCAAUGACUUAGGUUAUGUCGCCAAUGAUGUCGAGACCGAGCAGAUUGUAUCAGAAAUGACGACUACUUCCUUUCAUUCACCGGGACCUAAACUUUACGCAAACCCACGUUAUACCUCAUAUGUACAACAUCGUGGAAGUAUUCCUUUAUAUUGGACUCAAGACAGCACUGGUGUCAGUCCAAAACCCGAUAUCGAACUCAACCUUGUUGACCCUUUUUACUCGGCAGCCGCCUUGCAUUUCGACAAUCUUUUCGAACGCUAUGGGGCGCCUGUGUACGUCCUGAAUUUGAUCAAAGCGAGGGAGCGAACUCCAAGAGAAUCAAAGCUACUCAAAGAGUUUACCAACGCUAUAAGUUAUCUCAACCAAUUUUUACCAGAUGACAGGAAGAUAAUAUACAAGGCUUGGGAUAUGAGCCGUGCCUCCAAGAGUCGUGAUCAAAAUGUCAUUGACACAUUGGAGAACAUUGCUUCUGACGCUCUCCCCAUUACCGGGUUUUUCAAGAACGGGGAUGACAAGGAAUCGGGCCUACAGCUACAAGAUGGUGUUGUAAGAACAAAUUGCAUUGACUGCUUGGAUCGAACAAAUGCCGCUCAAUUCGUGAUUGGCAAAAGGGCACUAGGCUAUCAAUUACAUGCCCUCGGAGUGAUAGAAGGAACACAAAUCGAGUAUGAUACUGAUGCAGUCAACAUGUUUACAAAUAUGUGGCAUGACCAUGGAGACACCAUUGCCAUCCAAUAUGGUGGCUCUCACUUGGUCAACACGAUGGCGACAUACCGCAAAACAAAUCAAUGGACGAGUCAAUCCCGCGAUAUGGUCGAGAGUUUCAAGAGAUAUUACAAUAAUUCUUUCUUGGAUGCUCAACGGCAAGAGGCGUACAAUCUCUUUCUCGGAAACUACAUCUUUAGUCAGGGCCAGCCUAUGCUUUGGGACUUGUCUACAGAUUACUAUCUUCACCACGCAGACCCACGUACGUGGUCCAAACUGAGACGCCCAAAUUAUAUCACUUGGUACACACCAGAAUAUUUGAAAAGAGGCAACGAAGACACCAAAUGUCCUCCUCCUGUUGCUGCCAAAGACAACCCUUUAUCAUAUUACGAUGAUUACUGGGUGGAAUAUUAUCGUCCAACAUCAGUGACCUCGUUCGGAAAGAUAUACCCUUUAAGACUCAACUCGACGAUGAAAUAUCUUCCUUUCCGGUCCACCCAAGGUGGUCGAUAUGAUUUGAGCCCCUUUGUUGUCAGACUUCCUCCGCACGAACCAGCAAGUCGAGAGCGUGCAGCUGCUCAACAGCGACCGACAUCGUCACAUCAGAAAAAGGGAGUGACUAUCCAAGAGCCAGAGGUUUUAAACGAUCAGUCAAGUGGAACCUUUCACGGGGCUAACGUCAUGGAGCAUAUCCAUACUUGGCAACAUCAACCACCAUCUGCAGAGAAGAUGCCCCCAUCAACGGGCAUUAUGAAAGGUGUUGCAAUGAAGACGUCUCCAGAUCAGAGUUCGCGCUUCCCAUCACUCGAAUCCUCCACUCAAGUGGGCAAUAACGGGGCAGAGGCCAUCCCAAGCAAAGCGCAAAUUGCCCAGUGGACUCUUGGUCAGCUGGUAUCAGAUUCCCUGAAUCCGUCUGUCACCUCAGCCGAAGCCGAAGAAUACGAACGAUACAUUAAUCAUCCGCUCAAAGUACCUUUGGUCGUCACUUCGGAUGAUGAUCUCGGAACCACUUUGACCUUGCGAGAACAAGGCGCCAAUCUCGAGUUCUUGGAGUAUGUCAAUAAGGCUAAUGGUAUUAAUACUGGUGGGAUGCGAGACACGUAUAUUGCCGAAGAAGACUUGAAUGACUACGUCGAGUUUCUCAGCGUGAAUGAUGAAGGAUUGACAGUGGUGGCUGAGGAUUAUGAUAAGAAAAGGUAUAAGAGGUACAGGCAGUGGUUGAAGGGGAAGAGUCUCUUCAAACAAAGGGUAGAUGCGUGA